AUGGCAACAGAGGCCGCUCCCGCAGCUCCUGUUCACAAACAUCGCAGAAUGAGGAAACGUAUAAGAGCGCGAUCUCCAAUAUCAGGACGUCUGCUCCUCGACAGUCACCUACGUGGAGAUGUCGCCGUCCUAUCUGACGACCUCGUCACCGACUUGUUUCCCAACGUCAAUCUGACAGAAGCCGGACUGAACAAGGAUCCAAACGAAGGGACUCUUUAUAUCGCGAUAUCUCCGUAUACACCACAAUACCACUCUAUAGACGACGUCCCAUGGACUAUCAUACCUGCUCGAGUACAACCCACCGAAAAGUCGCAAGUCGCCCCAAUUUCGCAUUCCACCGUCCUCUUCCCGGCAUCGGCGAACUAUCUACAAUCAUUCCUUCAGACCCUGGGCAAGCUUGAUCCCACACGCCAUGCCAUUCAACCAUCACGACCAUUGGAAAUUCGAAUCUUGGACGUCUCGCCUCUCCAUCUCGAAACCAUCUACGUUACGGUGGAGCGAAACCUAUUGCGAAAUCUGGAUGAUGUACAAAGCAAGUUUGGCGGAGGGUUCAAUACCCAGGCGCAUGGAAUCAACGGCUCUUGGCCUAGAGGUGGCAAGGCGAUGGAGAUCAAGCGCUACACGAAGAAAGCCGCUGCCGAAGCGGAAGAGCGGUUGACUGCUGCAGUGCGCGAGGCUCUGUCAAACCAAAAGGUGGUCCAUGUUGGUGAUAUCCUGCCACUCCCGUUGCCUUCGCAUCCUAUCACUCAUGCUCCUCCCCCGCCGGCGAAAAUCACUUUUUGCGAACCGGUUGCGCAGGGGUUGUUACUUCCUUCAACGAAAAUUGUGCUCGUGCAAUCUCGCCCUCACGGAGCUCGUCCUCAUAAAGGAUAUACACUGACGGGAUCGAAUUUGUUGAAACGAGCUGUGGAAGAAGAGGCAGAUGAUACUGCAAACGAGCAAUUCUUUUCCGCUGCUGAAGAUCGCGCUUUAGAAACGGAGAUGGAAAGCACUACUCCACCAGAUGAUUCUGAGACCGAUGUAUCUACGGCCAGCGACCAUGAUUCUUCGGAUGACUCUCUUGAUGAUAUGAUUUCACUAGCAGCUCCUCAACUACCACAGCAACCCUCGGGCGUCAUGUCGGCUAUGUCUUCAAUGACCCCACGGGCAGGUGGCCGCCGGAUGGACGGUACUCACACACCAGGCUCGGUUAUAUCCACGUUCACGUCUGGUACUGCCCGCCCAGGACGCAUGGGGGGUAAAACGUUUAAAGCCGAAGGUCUCUUGAAUCGAGUUCCAGUAGACUUGCUACAUCCAAAACCUAAAGAGGACGAUGAUACAGACGCAUUUAUCUACGUUGACAUUAAUACACUGGUCAAAGUAGGGUGUUUUUCAGGUGACUGGGUCCGUAUCGAGGGGACAGAAGAGCCCUCAUCCAACCCCUUUGCGUCUUUAGCAAUUGGAAGCUUGGGACUUGGAGAUGAAGACUCGGGCAAUUGGCGAGCUGUCCGUGUGUAUGGAAUAUCCGGUUUGCCAUCCCCAAAGCCGCGCUAUGCAGUUGGCUCAUCUUCAGACCGACGAUCGAGUGUUUCUCAACUGCCGGGACAGCGACUUACGCCAGCUGUUUUCGUGCCACCCAUACUUCUCAGCAAUCUUGACAACCCGAAAUAUGUGAAACUUUCUCCUCUGCCAUUUGCGUCUGCUCAUAACACAGCACGACCAGGUGUACACCAGCCCUCCAAGUCAACUUCUAGCAAAACCCCGCCGGUAGCUAAGGAAGUGACUCUUCUCAAGAUUUCUACUCCGUUAUCCUCUGACCGAUCGAUCCAACCAGCUUUGUUUGCCGGACUACGGCGCUACUUUGAGUCCAAGAAACGACUUGUCAAAAGUGGUGAUCUGGUUGGUAUAAGCGUCGACGAAAGCCUGGGCAGGGUAGUGUACUCCGCCGCAAAGACCGAAGGCGGAGCCGAGGAUGACCUGACUUCAAAGCUUGGCUUCGUCGCCGAUGCUGCACCCGAAGAAAAUGCGUCUCGUAAAGUAGGUGUUGCUUGGUUCAAAGUUGGACAAGUGAUCGCACCACCCCCUGAAGAACAAGAUGGAGAGGACCAAUGGGGCGGUGUAGCCCUGAUAGAUUCAUCAAGUACACGGAUGGCGCAGGCAGGCAGCCUAAUCAGUAGGGUCCCAGGGACCUUGAAAAGCGGAUGGGAAUAUUGGCUGGGCGUCAAACGUCUUCCUAGAGCACAUAGCGAUGUGCCGCAAUCGCAUGGUAUAAUAACCGAGCUACCGAAAUUCUUCACAUCUCCUAUCCAAAAUAGGGUUAGAGAGUUGAUUACAGCUGCAACAAGCCCUCGUGCUGUACAGCUAGGAAUGCCUCCAGUUGUCAUUCUUCUGACAUCAACUCAAAGACAUAUUGGAAAGACAACGUUGGCCUCGCGUGCAUGCGCUGAAAUUGGCCUUCACGCAUUCACUAUUGAUGCCUAUGAUAUACUUACAGAAGGUGGUGCCAAUGGCGGUGAUGUAAAGACCGAGGCAUAUAUGAAAGCCCGGGCGGACAGAGCGCUUGCUUGUGGUCCCAAUUCUACAGCCUUGAUUAUACAGCAUAUUGACGUGCUCACGGCCGACAGAAUCGUGACUGCUAUGAAAGAGAUCGUCGCAGAGUCUCGUGUGAUCAUUGCAACUACGACUGACGUGGAUAAGAUACCAGAGGGAAUCCGGAGUCUGUUCACCCACGAGCUGGAAAUGACUGCACCAGAAGAAAAGGAGCGAGAGGGUAUACUGCAUAAUGCAGUUAUUGAUUUGAGUGUCAAGAUUGCUCCAGAUGUGGAUCUUGCAGCUGUUGCUGUAAAGACGGCUGCGCUUGUGGCCGGCGAUUUGGUUGACGUCGUCGAACGCGCGUCUCUCGCAAAACUCGACCGUCUUGAAAAACUUACUCGAGCAGCAAAUGGCACAGUAACACUGCGUGAUGUACAGUUAGCUGGUGGUGAUGCAGCACGAUGCGUUACCAAACUCGAUUUCGAUCUAGCUGUUGAUGCCGCCAGAAAGAACUUUGCCGACUCAAUCGGAGCGCCUAAAAUCCCUAACGUCACAUGGGAUGAUGUUGGUGGUCUGAGUAAUGUCAAAGAUGCUGUCAUGGAGACUAUUCAACUUCCUCUUGAGCGGCCAGAAUUGUUUGCCAAGGGUAUGAAGAAGCGAAGCGGCAUCUUGUUUUAUGGACCUCCUGGAACCGGCAAAACUCUCCUUGCCAAGGCUAUUGCGACUGAGUUCUCGUUGAAUUUCUUCUCUGUUAAAGGACCCGAAUUGUUGAACAUGUAUAUUGGUGAAUCUGAGGCAAAUGUUCGCAGAGUGUUCCAGCGAGCUCGGGAUGCACGUCCAUGUGUCGUAUUCUUUGACGAGCUGGACUCGGUGGCGCCUAAAAGAGGAAAUCAAGGCGACAGUGGUGGUGUUAUGGAUCGAAUUGUCAGCCAGCUGCUUGCAGAAUUGGAUGGCAUGAGUGGCGGCGAUGAAAAUGGUGGUGGUGUAUUCGUCAUUGGUGCUACCAAUCGGCCGGAUCUACUGGAUGCUGCUUUGUUGCGUCCUGGUCGUUUCGACAAGAUGAUCUACUUGGGUAUUUCGGACACACACGACAAGCAGACAAAGAUUCUCGAGGCUUUGACUCGAAAGUUUACUCUCAGUCCGGACGUUUCUCUCGCGCGCGUUGCGGAACGGUUGCCAUUUACAUACACAGGUGCCGACUUAUACGCUCUUUGUUCUGAUGCAAUGCUUAAGGCGAUCACACGACAAGCCACGGCUGUUGAUGACAAGAUCAAGGCGUUACCUAAUGGACCAGUCAGUACUGCGUACUACUUCGACCAUCUUGCCACCCCGGAGGAUAUAUCUGUUCUGGUGACGGAAGAUGACUUUUUGAAUGCUCAGAACGAGCUUGUCGCUAGUGUUAGUGCCAAGGAACUUGAGCAUUUCGAACGUAUCCGUCAGUCAUUUGAAUCAUCUACUACCAAAGAAACAGAAUCCUCGCAACCUCGCACAAUCGCUGAUGCGAUUGAGGGCCUUAGCCUGGGUGGCGAGAUCGUAGCAAAUGGGGGUCCUGUCAUGACCGGCGACAGCAAUCACACGCACAAAGGAAUCGGCUCAAGACAAUCCAGCAACAAUCUCAAAGGCAAGAACAGUCGCAUCGUGCUAGCCGGCAGCGGCAAGGGCAAGAGUAAGCCGAUCAUCAACGGCGGUGGAGGAGACUCCGAUUCCUCAUUCGAUGGGUAUCAGCCCAGCUUACGCAGUGAGAGUACACACUCACGAAGUUAUGAUGUUGGGGAAGAGGCAGAUGGAGAUGCGGAUGAUUAUGUCGUGAAGACGGAUCAUCUACGGGUUCAGCAUGAUGUGGAUUGA